AUGACCGACGCCACAGCCGCUGGUGCCGCCGGUGCGUCGAAUGAACCCCCUGCGACCAUUCCAUACUAUGAGAAAUCAAAACAGCACCUCAAGGAGCUUUUGCAGAAGAAGAGACUUCUAGAGAAGCAGCUGGCUGCUCGAGAAGAUGCCAUAUACCAACGAGAAACUGAAUACCUCGACAACACCCCGCAAGGAAAUAUCAUCACAGGCUUCGAUAACUAUACAAAAGGCAUCACGGGCGCUGCUGCACAGAGGCGCAAGACGGGGCUGACAGAGACAAAUCGUGUCUUCUCGAGGAGCUCCGUCAGCUACAAUCCUAAUCAUCCGGAAGCGCAAACACCCGGAUCGAUAAACUCCAACCCAGCUUCACAUGCACCCACACCCUCGGCAUCCUCAGUCAAGGACAUGGCCUCGAACCAGCCGACCCCGACAUCAGCCACGGCACCCAAGUUGGGUACCAGCAAGAGCAAGAAAAAGACUAGUGCGUCUGCCGCUGCAUCUGCCGCUGCAGGACCUGAAGAGAGCGAGACGGAUGGGAAGGAGCCCAAGAAGGUCAGGACUCACUUUGGCGCUGUGAAGAAGUCAUGA